GGAGAACGCGCACGGAGGACAUCCUUGACGGGCUUCAGUGGAAUAAAUGGAGGAGAGCAGAGGAGGACAUUGGAGGUGCAGGCUGGGAGGGGAAUGCUGUAAACGUGGACAAUCUCCAGUGGCGCAGUAUGAAGACUACAGCUUCAGACGUUUCCCUCCAGAGGAGCUCAUGCCUCUCUCCGCUGCUUACGGGAGGGCAAUGGACGCCUGCGCCGCAAAGAACUGGACAGAAUCCAUCCACUACUUGGAGUUGAGUUUACGUUUGUUCAGACUUCUGAAAGACAGCGCCAGACACUGCGUGCGGCUCUGCAGCAGAAGCAUCGAGGAGCGGCCGACCUUCAGCGCCGACUGGGUCGUGGUGGAGAAGUCCUCCUGUCAGAGGAGGUGCAGAGCACACCUUCCUGCUCUACACCUCCCUUCUCCCAGCAGAGAACUCCUGCAGGACUUCAGCAGAAGAUCUCCCUACAGAUAUCUGCACCUCGCUCAUUCAGAAAUGAAGAACCUGCAGAGGGCCGUCCCGUGUGCCUACACCUUCCUCCAGAGGAACCCCGAGGACCAGGAGAUGCUGCAGCUGAUGGGAGAAUACAAGAAGGAGUACGACCUGAACGGCUUCCUCAUCGACUACGAAGAGCGACCGUUUGAGGCCCCCUUCGUCAGAGGAGUGAAGCUGGUCGCUUCAGGUGACUUCAGCGGCGCCGUCGAUCACCUGGAGGACGCUCUGAAGAUCUACCUGCAGGAGUUCCACCUCUGCCAGUCUGACUGUGAGGGCAUCUGUCCGCUUUCCGCCGCGACCGACUUCUACACCCUCACAGCAGACGUGUACGUGGAGACGCUGAGGUGUAAGCUGAGGUGUGAGGACGACCUGAAGCCCAGCGUGGGCGGAUACUUCAUCGAGAGCUUUGUGGCCACUCUUUACCAUUACCUCCAAUACGCCUACUACAAGUUGAACGACGGCCGCAGAGCUGUGCCUUGCGCGUACAGCUACUUCCUGUUCAAGCCCGAAGACGAGGUGAUGAAGCAGAACCUGCUGUACUAUGAAGCCUACAGCCAGGAGUGGGGGCUUCAGCCGCAGCACUUCACGGCGAGGACGGAGGCUUUCAAACUCUACAACCAGACGGUCGCUCAAACGCAGAUGCUGAGGUCAGCAGAAAAGUACAUGGAGCUGGACUAUGAGGAUUUGUUCGGGCCGGAGGAAGCUGCUCCUCUGACUUCCGAAUCUCCGGAUGCCGAGUUUGAAGGGAUGGGAGACUAUGAGGAGUCCAUCGUCUCCAGCUGGAGGCAACCAAAGGGAAAAGGAGACGUGGGAGAGACGGACAGCUGAGAAUUAUGGGAUGUUGAGACUCUCGGAGCUCAACACGUCCAGAACCGGAUCUGGUUUUAAAACUCUGGUUGUAAACUGGCUCGACUCAGGAUUUUCAGAUCCAAACAUGAGAAUUUUUAACCACAAAAGGCUCAAAUCUAACAAUUGCUU